AUGAUUUUUUCUUUGCCUCAGCGGGAAAAUGCAGAAGCAAACUACGGGAGAUCUCGUUCUUAUAGAAGAGAUGUUCGGGUAGAGAGCCAAUCAGCACCCCUUUUUGCUGAGAACCGGACAAUGCCUCCUUCAGAGAAGCUGUUACGGAUGCGAUCAUCUCUGACACGAAAGUUCAGCACUUAUGCAUUGCCAACACCUGUGGAAACAUCAAGAAGUCCCUCAUCUAUUACACGUCUAGCUAACAACAACAACAACAACAACAUGGCUUCAUCUAAUCCCGCAAAGACAACAACAACACUCAAGAGACGAUUCUUUUCUUGUCCAAUUACAAGUAAACCCUUACCUAACAAGCCUCUCUCCGCAGCACCUCGUUUAUACUCUGGUCCUAUCCCACGGAUUCCAGUUUCCGAGUUACCAAAAGUGUCAACAUCAUCUCCAACUGCUUCUUCCCCUACAUUUGUCUCAACACCACUAAGAGUUUUUUUGUUGUAUCUUUUGUGGUUACGGUUAGUCGGACAACGUGUUGGGUGUUUUUAA